GUAAUGAAAUGUAAACACCUCAACCUAACCUCCGAAAAAUAAAAAAACUUAUUGUUUAUUUUUAUUUAGUUCCAGAACUACUAAGGGCGAGGUUAUGUUGUCCCUCUGUUGUCCUAUGGUGUUAAAAAUUACGAAAGUUUAAAUUUUAAGACAUGCUUUCUCUCGAAGAAAGAAUUAAUGUACUAGAACUUCUAAGUGGUUUGGAUGAAGAUGAUAUAUUGUCAUUAGCUUCGACUGUCACUAAAGGUCUACUGAAACCAGGAUCAAGAGAAGAGGCAAACGAAGCUGUUUUACAACACUCUGACUCAGUUGAAAGUAUACUCUCGAGAAAAAAGAUCUCACGAGAACUGUUGUUCAAUUAUUUACAUUGGAAAAAAGUGACCACUGACAGUAAUUUGGAUAAGAAGUCACUUACCUCUAUGCUUUUGAGAUUAUGGAAACAACCUGUUCAGUCAAAUAAUGAGCAACCGAAUGAAAAUUUUGCGAAUCAUUCAAACAAUGAACGUAACCUUCAGGUGACCAGUCAUCUUGAACCUCUCCAAGUGGAUCUGUUUGCCCACAAGUUUACCGAGUGGUAUUACCAGCUGCUUAACAAAGACUUUCUACAAGGGGGAAACUUUGCUGUCGGAGCGGAACAUUUCUGGAACGAUGCAACGCUGCAGAUAGAGAUGAUGUCCAAUGGUCAGACAGUGACGGAGGAGGCGGAAGGCAGUACAGCCAGCGUAACUCUGAUAAGGGACAUCAAACAACGACACAAGCUGUACUUCUCCCCCAACCUGAGCGCGGAAGGUGUGCGGGGAAGAUCAGAGCCACAUGGUGCUGUGUGUGUGCUUGUGUGCGGCACACUGCAUCAAAGCGCGGGUGUAGUCGUUGGGGUAUUUGAACAAGUGUUUUGGCUUAUCAAAGACCCAUUGACGAAUAACACAUGGAAAAUCAAACGCAACCAACUGCGCCUAACCAGUAAAGAGAGGACUGUGAUGCCGACGUUAAUAGAAGGAGAGAUCACGAGACAACUGUUACCUAUUGAGAGCCCAGACUAGGUUAAGAUUGUAUGGAAAUUUAUCCUCUAUGGGUAUUAAAAUUAGAUCAAUAUCAAUUCCAAUGUGUCGUAAAAAUGCAAAUCAGAUUUGAAGAGUAUUUUAAAUUCUGAAUUAACCGUUUUUGAUCUAUGAGACACUUUUAGGUCAUUUGUAUAGGUCGGCCGGCUGUACUGAUCGAGUAUGCACAGCUGUUUGGAUAAAUUCUUAUCAGUGUUCCUGCUACUUAAAAGUCCACUGUACUUUAGUAUUGUUAAAAAUACACUUUACUUAAACCUGUGCUUCUUUCACAGCUCCAAGCCGCAUCAUUAUUCACUAAAUAUUUUGUCAGCUGUAUUUACACCAGAGUUGACAACAAUUUUUAAACAUAUGUUUACAGCAAUCCAAAGGAAGCUCUAAUACAAGGCCUAGGUGAGAAAAAAUAGCAUUGCCACAGACCAAGGCCCCACUAGAAAAACAGGCCAUGCUGCAGGAUCCAUGACGUCACACUAGUGGAUAGAUUUCAUUGAUAAAUUCAUUGCCAUUGCCAUUCCCAUAUGUUUUAGGUAACUAAACAAGCUAGAUGUUUGUAAGAUUUUAAUGUUAAGAGUUUAGUACAACUAUCAACCACUGUGACGUAGUGUUGCGCUGCCCGUGCUGCAGCAUGGCCUGUUUUUUUUCUAGUGGGGCCUUGCACAGACCCGGCUUACCAAUACAGCUGUUGCACUAAUUCAUAAAGGAGUGUCUGCACAAUGUUUAUUUUUACACAUUUGUUAUUACUUGUAUUGCCAUCGCAACAUACUGGGCGGUUAGACGUUGCCACACUCCAACGACGUUCUAUUAGUGGAGGCUAUGCUGGUUAAAAAAGAUGUUGAUGUUUUGACAGUUUAGUGUGUUUAUGACUGACAUUUGGUUUUUCAAAGAGCGUUGUUGCUUACAGUUUUUUUGGUUUUACGCCCUUUUUACACUGAAAGUAGCAACAAAAUGUUCUAAACAUUUGUCGACGUCAUAUUAAAACAUUAUGUGGCAAAUUCCAGUGUGAAUGAUGCUUUAAAAAUGCAAUUACUGUCUGUCAAAAUUACUUUCAAUUAAAAAAAAAAAAUCCUUAAGAUGAAACAGAUACUUUUUGUAGUAUCUAUUCUUUCUACUGACAUUUUAAAACCUUGUGCAUUGUUUUCUUUGUUACGUAUUUGUUUCUCAUUAUUUUUACUUUUACAUUGUACAUGUGUUUGUAAAUUAAGUAAAUACAAUUCAACAGAUAGGUAGAUGUAAUUAUUGAAAAUCUAUCAGUGUGACAAAAUUACUGUUAAGAGCAAUUAGAGAAUAACAAAGAUGGCUAAUUUACUCACUCAUUAUUAGUAACAGUUACAGUUAUUUAACUUGUGUCACAAAUUUUAAAAAAUAGUUGGUUAAAAAUUAUUUUCGAAUAGUCGAUAGGUUUCUAAUAGACUUCUUAACCAAAUUGAAGCAUAAUAAACUAAUUAAUCAAAUACAUCAAUGAUAUGUUUCAUUUAUUUACUGAUUGGUUUUAUUAGAGGCACCCAUUUAGGUAUCAAUGCGAUUUUGUUUACAUGUGCUGUUUGUUACAAAAAACACGUUUCUGAAGGAAAUUAAUUAUGAUUUGUUAAAUCAAAAGGUUAAGUUGACAUAGUUUAAACUUUGACUGAUUUUGAUUAUCAAGGGAGUGAUAUUUUUUUGCCUUAGAUAUAUAGCCUCGUUCCUACUGAAUAUACUGUAUGUUUAUUGUAUAUUUUGUAUAUGAUGUAUAUAAUGUUGAUAUAAAUAAAUUAAG